AUGGCAACGGUUAUAUUAGAGACUCUCAAACGGCAACGCUCGAAUAUUAAGCGCAACAUUACGCGCAUAAGAGGAAUGGUCGAUGCCAAGGAAGAAGAAAAGCAGAAAUCGCCGGCUGAACUUCAGUGCCGUUUGGGAAUCUUAGAGUCAUAUUUUAAGCAAGCCCUUUCGGUACAAUCAGAAAUUGAGACCAUGGAAUCCACAGAUAGUGGACGUGCAGACCUGGAGGACAGUUACAUAACUACAAAGUUGGCAAUUCAGCAACUUCUUGGAGAGGAUCUGCACAACACAGUUUUCGACCACAUCUCUGCACCAAGCUACAGCGCGCCGUCUCGACUGCCAAGAUUGGCACUACCUAGCUUCGAUGGAAAUCAUAAGGAUUACAAGAACUUCAUCUCGUCGUUUCUGCAACUGGUCAAUCGUGAGCAAAUAUCUAAUAUAGACAAAUUUAAUCAUCUCCGUAAUUGUUUAAAGGGACCUGCACUGGAAGCUGUCGCAGCCUUCCCGGUCACUAGAGAAAAUUAUGCGAAGGCGCUGGAACGGCUGAAGGACCGGUAUGACAAGCCUGCCCUAAUCUUUGUCGAAACGAUAGCCUCGAUUUUUAAACUGCCGCCGGCUGCUGCGGCAAGUGCUCAACAGCUCCGCAGCCUAAUCGACAACGCAUCCGCGUUAUAUAGUGCCCUUUUAUCGCUAGGCUCGGACGCUCAAAUUUCUGAGGCGAUGCUCAUUUACGUGGUCAUGGAGAAGUGCGAUCAACAGACCAAAACAAAAUGGAACGAAUCACUGGAUUAUCUCACUCUGCCAUCCUGGAGCCAAUGCACGCAGAUACUUGAGCGCCACUGCCAGUUUCUUCUGUCUGACGAGCAAUCCCAUGGAUCGGAGCGGCCAAGACCGACUCGUCCCCCCGCAAGAUCUCACAAUUCGUCGUUUUCGCUGACCAACGCACCAUGUGUAUACUGCCUCGCACCCUCACACAAAUUGCUCGGAUGUGACAAGUUUAAGGAGCUUAAUCCAACCGCGCGAUUUGAUGUCGUUAAAACACACCGUCUGUGCUUAAACUGUCUGUGUAGAGGUCACCAACUGUCGAGCUGCCCAUCGAGAAAUCGCUGUCGCACCUGCAACAAGGCACAUCAUACCCUGUUGCACAACAACCAUUCGCUAGAUUCGUCUCACUCGCACCAACCGUAUCCGACCGCACCGCCAUUGGAAGCUGCAACACACUCGCACUCGUAUUCUGGCCAGAAGUCUCAGGUGUUGCUUGCCACUGCUAUGGUUCUCGUCAAGGAUGCGCUUGGAACCUACUGGCCUGGAAGAGCUCUUCUCGACUCCUGCUCUCAAGUGAACUUCGUGACGGAAGACUUCGCACAACGGCUUCGCUUACGGAGGGAAAGACAUGCAGUCCAAAUUCGAAGCAUCGGCCAUUCGCAAACAGAUAUUAAAUAUUGCACAACUGCAUCUGUCAAAUCUCGCAUUUCAUCUUUCGUACUCUCCGCAGAUCUCUGUAUUAUUCCACAAAUCUCAUACCAGCCCGAUCCGGCCAUCGACGUUUCGACUUGGAAGCUGCCAGAAAAUACGCCGCUCGCUGAUGAAAGAUUCUACCAAUCACGCCACGUCGAUCUGCUACUGGGAACCGAAGCCUUCUUCGACGCCUUAACUGUAGGGCAAGAAAGGCUGGGACCUCAAGGCCCGCUGCUGCAGAAAACUAAGUUUGGCUGGGUCGUAACCGGCCGACUGCAGCAAACCGCGCCAAUAGAAGUUUCCACUUGCAUGGACUUAAACGCAAGUUCAAUUGAUGUCAACCUUAAACGUCUGAGGGAACUGGAAGCAGUCGACUCGCCACCUCUGCAGAAGCCGGAGCAUGCUAUUUGCGAGGAACAGUACGAGAAGACCACUUGUCUCGACAGCACUGGUAGGAUUGUCGUCAAACUGCCAUUCAAGGCUGACCGAACUCGGUUGGGAGACUCAUUUGAUAUCGCUCGCCGUAGGUUCCUAAGCAUGGAACGUCGCCUAUCGAAAUCUCCAGCACUUCGUCAACAAUACUGCGACUUCAUGGAGGAGUAUGAGAAAUUGGGGCACAUGUCCCCAGUUAUUCAUCCUAAACUGCACGAGCCGCACUACUACAUCCCGCAUCACUGCGUCCUCAAACCCAGCAAUGUGACCAAGAUGUAUAGGCAAGUAAAUCUCGACAUUAUUGAUCGCAAAUACCAGUACAUUCUUUGGAGAGCAUUUCCAGAAGACACGCUGCACACGUAUCAAUUGAAUACGGUAACCUACGGCACUGCAGCCGCCCCAUUUUUGGCAACACACGACUUAGAGACGCUUCGCAUUAUCAAGGAUCAAGUCACAGAAAUUCUUCGUCGAGGGCAUUUCCCACUCACCAAAUGGCAUUCCAACUACGUUGGAUUCAUGGAAGAUCAUGCAUCCAAGAAGCUCAGUUCCUGUGGCGAGGGACUAGCCAGCGCUCUUGGAGUGAACUGGAACCAGCACAAGGAUACACUGUUCUUCAAGUUCAUACCAAGGAACAAUGCAACGCGUAUCACCAAAAGAAGUAUUUUGUCCACCGCAUCCGCCUUGUUCGACCCGCUUGGUUUGCUCUCACCGCUUGUUGUUGUCGCAAAAAUACUUCUGCAAGAACUUUGGCUCGCUGGCCUGCAAUGGGACGAGAGCGUUCCAGAAAACAUACACACGGCCUGGAGCAAAUGCCUAAAAUCAUUCCAAACAGUCUCAAUUUUAUCGAUUCCCCGCUAUUGCCUCCAACACAAGAUGCGAUCACUUCAACUUCAUGGAUUUUGUGACGCAUCAAUCAGGGCUUACGGCUGCUGCGUGUAUCUACGCUCGGAAACGUCGACGGGAGACGUCGCAGUGCAGCUAUUGACUGGCAAAUCGAGAGUGGCUCCUGUGAAGAAAAAAUCCCUUCCAAAACUGGAAUUGUGUGGAGCGCAUUUGCUGGGCCAACUGUAUGCGAAAUUGAAGCCUCUAUUAGCAGACAGAAAAGUCUCGGUCUAUUUCUGGACGGACUCGCAGACUGUGCUUCACUGGCUAAAACAGCACUCAGUCACACUGUCAGCAUUCGUUGGAAACCGAAUCUCCGAAAUUCAAGAAUGGACCGCAGAUGGCCAGGGGAAAUUUGUACCAGGUGAGAGCAAUCCGGCGGACAUAGUUUCGCGCGGAGCUGCUACAACUGAGCUGGCAGCAUCGAUGUGGUUCACAGGUCCACAGUUCUUGACCCAACCAUCGUCCCAGUGGCCAACCACUCCGCAAAUCAUCGAUAUCGAUCCAACUAUUGUCAAAGCAGAGCAACGAAGGAGCACAUUCACCACGGCUGUGAUCAGCAAUCAUGUUCUCCAACAGCUGACUCACAUCAGCUCAUACACUCGCUGCAUUCGAACCAUCGCAUACGUCUUUCGCUUCGCCAACUUAUCAAGAGGAGUCAAAAUUGUCAAUCCAUCGCUAACAUCGGAAGAACUUCGCCGCGCAUUGUUCAGCAUCGUCUACAAUAUUCAGCAACAGUCGUUACUUGAAGAUUUUCACUCGCUGCAGAAAGCUAAGCCGCUUACAAGUCACCUAAAGUAUUUAACGCCUUUUCUCGACAGCUCAUCAGGACAUGCUCUUAUAAGGGUUGGAGGACGAUUACAGAACGCCGACAUCCCUAAAUCUGAAAGGCAUCCGCUGCUACUGCCUAGCAAAUCGCACUUUGCGUGGAUUUAUAUCAUUAACGCCAGGGACCUGGCUCGUCGAGUGGUGCGUUCCUGUAUCGCCUGCGUUCGGUUCAGACCCAAACUGGAGAACCAACUCAUGGGAUCGCUACCACUAGAACGAGUGCUACCGCAACAGUGUGGCGUCGACUUCUGCGGACCGUUUAACAUAUAUCUUCGCAUUAGAGGAAAGGGUCCAACAAAGUCCUACCUCGCCGUCUUCAUUUGUUUGGCAUCCAAGGCCGUCCAUAUAGAAGUCGUCUCGGAUUUGUCAACCAAGGCAUUUCUUGCAGCACUUAAACGGAUGAUCGCCAGACGGUCAAUUCCAACCGACAUCUUCUGCGAACGCGGAACCAAUUUCGUCGGAGCUGCCAACCAUCUUCAAGAACUGCGAGCGUUCCUUCAAGACAAAGCCACGCAAGAAGUCAUUUCGUCUUAUUUGUCAACUGAUUUCAUAACUUUCCAUUUCAUUCCUCCUAGAGCUGCUCACUUUGGAGGCCUUUGGGAGGCGGCGCUCUGCACCAUAACCACUGAAGUCGAAGCGAUUCUCAACUCGCGCCCAUUGUCUCCGCUGUCUCCAGAUCCCAACGACUUUGGGGCACUUACUCCGGGCCACUUCCUGGUGGGGAAAUCUCUUCGUGCCCUUCCAGAACGGACUGUGUCAUCAACACAUGCGUCCAGCCUGGAACGAUUCGACGCCGUGACCGCGAGCAAACAACAGUUUUGGCGAAGGUGGUCGCUUGAGUACCUACAUGAACUACGGUCGCGCACCAAAUGGACAACACCAUCGGCCAACAUCAGGGCUAACACCAUGGUCAUCAUCCACGACGACAAUCUGCCUCCUCAGCGAUGGAAGAUCGGGCGCGUCGAGACCGUUGUUCCCGGAAAGGAUGGGCUAGUUCGAGUGGCCCACAUUCGAACCAGCACUGGGGUGUGCUGCCGACCAGUGCAUAAGCUGGCAGUAUUACCCACGGAUUCUCAAUCUUGUUGA